AUGGAUAUUCAUGUGCAAAACAACCCACACCUCCACUAUGGGGUCAAUGGAGCUCAUGAUGCUAGACACUCGGAGGAUAAUGAGUUGCAGUUUCUCAGCCUAGAGGAAAAAGAGUGCAUUCUGUUCUUUGAGGAGACCAUUGAGUCCCUGGAGGAGGGAUUCGAGGAUGAGAAGGAGAAAUUACCUUCGGGAGAUAGUAUACCUGAGGGGGAGUUCCCACCGAGUCCAAAAUAUCCAGACCCAAGUGGAACCAGGUCCCCCAGUCCUAAAGAGAAUGACAUCAUUGAUUUGGUCAACUCUACACCUGAUUUCACUGCACCCAGGGAGCCACUGACAGAGCCCCUUGUACCAGAUUUCCAGAGUAUGACUGUGGCUCCAGAGGCUCACUUUGAGUUAAAGGCUAAACGGGAUCCUAUGGAAAACUUUCCUCAAGAGUACAACAUACCACAGCCAGCUGCUCCCCCUGACCAAGCAGAGGACACAGGGUAUCAGCCUCCACCGGGCUCCAUACCUACCCCAGUGGUCAUUGCCAACAAGAUUGCCGAGCAUAAUGUAAGCAGUUCAGGAACAUCUGCCGUCUUGCCCUCUGUACUUAUACAGCGCAGACGAAGCCUUGAGUCUCCUCGUAGUCCCACCUCACCCACUGAGCAACACAUCAAACAAGGUCCACCAACCUCAGCUAAGCCUACACGUCUCCCAAGUAACAUCACCAUGAUGAUGAACAACAGGGAACACACCCCACAGUCUCUUGCCAUGGCAGCAGUGAGUGCUCAGGAGCGCCGGGCACAGAUGCUAGCAAACCUCACGGGCUCAUCCCAUCCACUGGAAGGAGGAGAACCUGCUUGUGUCCGGAAACUUCCGACACGCAGUGUCUCGUUUCGAGACCCUACCCCUGACAAGUCCAGGAUGGAGGCGCUCUCCAAACUGGGCCUGACACGAGACAGAGCACAGUCUCUCACGCCUGGACCCAGGAGAGAGAGUGAUAAAACCAGCAACAGCCAAAUCCACACCAGCAUAAAUACCCAAACCCAGAUCCAAAUUCAAACAGAUACCAAUAGUUCAACAAGUAGUUCUGAUGAAAAACCCAUUGUUUCAGAGCCCUCCACAGGAAGUAAGACAGAGAUGGGUACCAGCAACUUCAGCAGUUAUGGUGGCAAAACUAUUGUGGUCACGCCUUCAGUAACUUCACAAGGAAAGCCUACUCCUGGUAAUCAUGACAAUCAUACUGUAGCACCAGCACCAACAGGCACUGAAGUCUCCUUCAGUGAUUUCAACAGUUAUGGUGGAAAAACUAUUGUUGUUACUCCAGCUGGGACUUCAAAAAACGAUUCUCUCGCAACUCACACCGGUAUUGCUACACAACCCAGGUCUGAAGUCACAGAGUGCCAGCCCAACAGCUACGGUGGCAAAUCCAGGGUAGUGAUCCCCGCUGUGGCUAAAAAUGAUUCCCCAGACGCCCCUGAUGGCAGAAACAGAACAGAGAGUAUGUCAAUUCCCGUAACAUCCAACCUUACUGAAACUUCCACCAGUGAGCUCAACAGCUAUGGUGGCAAAUCCAAAGUUUUCACACCGGCCACAGCCUCCACAACCGCUACCAACACUUUAGAUGCACCCACCCCCAAAACCAUCGUAAGAACCAGGCCGGCGUCUCUGCCCCCUAACCCAGCACCAAGGCCUCUUCGUCGUGGUAGUGGCCCAAGUCCUCACAGGGAAAGGCCAUCGCCACCUUCCCCUGAGGUACGGAGAAAAUUAGGGCCUAAACCCUCAUUCCGCUCUCAGGGAAUUACAGUACAGUUCUCAGGUCGUGGAGCAACCGAUGAAGCACGGAGAGAAGCUCUGAGAAAACUGGGCCUCCUAAAGGAUACCUCCUAA